AGCUGCUUUGCCAGUGUGACCAGCUGUGCUGCACCCAAUUUAUCAGCCGUCUAUUGUCAAAUAUUACCAUUUUUCAUUUGAUUGGAAUUUAAGCAGCUGCAACCGAAAUGUCGCUGACGCCCUUCCUGCGCCUGCCACUCACCGAUUUGACCGGCUGCCUGAUCAAUCAUCAGACCUACGACAAAUGCGGCAAGUUCGAAAUGAAAAUGAUGGACUGCCUGGAGGCUUACGGGCUGGAGCGCGGCAAAACGCAGUGCGCUGAACUGAUUGGCGACUUUCAGGAAUGCGUUGGCAUGCGAAAACAGUUGAUGCGCUUCCAUGCCAUGCGAAACGAACGCUACAGGCAAUGGCUAACCGGUGAGCGGAAGCGGGAGGAACUGUUUGCGGAGCCACCACGCGUAGAUGCAUAUUAAGCUGCUCACAGUUGGGAAGAAUUGCAAAUGUAUAGCUGAAAUAUGUUUUAAAUAAAAUAAAAAAUGAUUUGAAAA